AUGACGAAGUCGAUGUAUUGCUUUAGAAAUCUUUUAUUUACUAAUCCCAUACCACGUAUACUCCUAGUCAAUAGUAAUAAUAAUAAUAACAAUGGAAGUAUAAAUCGGAAAGAAACUGUUCUCAUCGAUUACAGUUCACCAAAUAUUGCUAAACCAUUUCAUUUGGGACAUUUUCGGGCUACAGUGAUUGGAAAUUUUCUCAAACAUAUCAAUGAAGCAUUUGGACACAAUGUGAUUGGAAUCAAUUAUAUUGGCGAUUGGGGAAGUCAAUUCGAUCUAUUAACAUCAGCAUUUUUAAAGUAUGGAAAUGAGAAUGAAUUUCAAAAGAAUCCUAUUGAAUAUUUAUAUAAGUUAUAUGUUCAAGCCAAUCAAGAUGAGAAUCUGUUAAAUGAAAGAAAGGCGAUAACUCAGUCAUAUAUCAGUCAUGCAAAUGACUCGAUGAGGUCGCUACACCGAGCAGUGAUGCAUUCUUUCCCGGUAGAAGAGUCUCUCAGAACUGAUUUCUUACAACGAGUGCGUACAAUAACCAAUGAACAGUUGAAAUUGAAUUAUAAGCGUAUGAAUGUCCAGUUUACAUCGUUUGAAUAUGAAUCUGAUUAUGUGAAUAAAGCUCAUUUACUUGUUGAAAAGUUAUUAGCUAUGGGUUUAGCCUACAAAACACUUGAUGGAUUGAUAUGCAUGUCAACAGAAAAUGUUGCUGAUGUAAAUUUUUCAAGACAGAAUAUUGUCUUGUUGAAAAGUGACAAGUCAACUUUAUACUUGACCAGGGAUAUUGCCGCGGCUAUUUCUCGAUAUGAACAAUAUCAAUUCGACAGAAUUCAUUAUGUGGUAGAAAUUGGACAACGUUUACACUUUCAACAAUUACAAUAUGUCCUCAUUCAAAUGGGUUAUAAGUGGCCAGCUUUAGCAAUGAAAUGGGAUCAUGAUGCUGAUAAUGAUGAUGAGGAGAAUGAAAGUACUCAAGACGUGAGUAGUCCCCGAUCUGCACAUCACUUGCAUAUACCAUUUGGUCGUGUCAUGGGUAUGAGUACAAGAAAAGGUGAAGGUUUAUUUCUGUCGAAUAUAUUAGACAAUGCUCAACAAUUUAUGCUGAAUAGAAUGAAAUCUUCAAGAAACACACGAAUCAAUCAAAAUGAAUCAACAACGGAUCCAUCGUUUCUAAGUCAAGAAGACAUAGCUGAUCACUUGGGUGUUACAUGCUUAGCCACGAUGAUGUUUAACACAUUACGUCAAAAACCCAUGAAAUUGAACACAUUUCUUGGAUUACCAGUAACAAAUAGUCAAUUAUCAUCGACAGUCAAUAAUCAUUCACAAGCUGCUGGUGAGCUAUGCGGAUUAAGCUUACAAUAUUGUCAUGCAAGAUUGUGCAGCCUUGAAUCUCGUAUGAUAUCCUCUGGUUUAUUAUUCCCGCCAACAAGCGUUUGUACAGGCGAUCACGGAUCCCUUGUAUUUGAUGAACAUAGUCUGAUCCACUAUUAUGAUCAACUGAAAGAAUGGCCUUCAACGACAACCAAUGAUGAAUGUUUUAUAGCAUUACUUUAUGAAUUAUCCAGACUUUCAUCUGUUCUGCAGUCUGCUUAUACAAGCUAUGAACCACACUACAUACUACAGUAUGCCUUACAACUUACUUCUGCUAUUAACUCUGCAUGGAAACGUCUACCAGUUCUAACAUGCUCAAGCAGAAAUGACCAGUUGUUACGCGCAUUUAUAUUUCUAGCCUCAAGAAAUGUACUUGCCUCUUGUCUUCAAUUAAUGGGAAUUAUGCCUUUGAAAGCGAUUUGA